CAUAUCUCUCGUUCCUCGUCGUCUCUCUCGCUCGCCGGAGUUCUUCUCGCUGAUAUUUCAUUCAUUCUUCAGAUUCGUGUCUCUCUCUCUCUGCUCUCUCUUGUGUUGAUUGUUAAUAUAAUCUGUCAAUCGGAAAAUGGCGUUGAAGAACUCCGUUGUGGUUUUGGCUGGCUUGGCUAUCGUUUUGGCCGUCAUCUCUCCCUUGGCCGGCGCUCAAUCCUUAGCUCCUGCUCCUUCUCCCACUAGCGACGGAACAUCGAUAGAUCAAGGGAUAGCGUAUUUGCUAAUGGUGCUCGCCCUUGUGCUGACGUAUCUCAUUCAUCCUCUUGAUGCUUCUUCUUCCUCCUCCUACACCAGCUUCUUCUGAUCUUCUUCUGUAUAAUCCAAUAUUUGAGUGUUUGUUGAUUGAGAUGAGAGUUUCUUCUCAUUCCUUUCUUCUUUAGUUUAGUUUCAUCAUCUUCUUUACUACUUUUCACUCAAGAGAGAAGAAGAAACAAAACCCCAAUCCAUCCAUAUUAGAGAUAAACGUCUUCUAUUCUUCUUAAUUGUUGUUUUUAGAUUUUGCCUUUAUAACAUUUGUUUAUUAAAAUUCAUGGUUCCUAUGUAAACUCUCUUUAUUUGUAGUAGUCGUC